CGUCUCGAAUAACAAUAGUGUACGGAAGGAGCGUGCUUCUCCUAAGCAGAUUCCAGCGGUAUCAGAUUCGAGUGAUCCAUUCUUUUGCCUCUCCCGGAUACACUUUUGGUCUCUCAUGUGACAACCGCUGCAUCACUUAAAUUAUCAGGUAGUGGCCUUUACACACUGUGAUUGCAAAUUAUAGAUUUUUUUUGAGGGUGCCAAAAGCUGUGAAGAUAAAAUGGAAAGGAAGGUGACAGAUAGCAGAGACGAAGAUCAACACCAACCGGCAUCAUCUUCUUCUACCAGAAAGGAUGAACAAGAGACCACCACAAACCACCAACCCGACCGGGACACUCCAAGCUGUGGCACCGAUGUUGCUCGUGCGAGAUGGACUCUAUUGCGACAGGUGCUGAGACAGAAGCAGGUGGUCAGCUCUGAGGUCAAGCAGGUGUCGGUCCGCAGGUUCUCCACCUUUAACCUCUUCACCAGGACCAGGAGUCUCAUCACUGACCCCCUGACAGGGACACACCUGACAGGGAAACACCUGACAGGGACACACCAGACAGGGACACACCUGCCCUCUGAGGACCAGUGGGUUGAAUACAGAAGUACCUCCUUCCCUGAGUUCAGUGCCUUACUGAGAGACAACCUUGGGCCCAUCAGAGUGGACGAGGUCCUCACCAGUUUUGAUAACACCGGAAAUGUCUGUAAGUACAUCUCUUCAGUAUCUUAG